AUGAGCUCCUCAAGUCAAUCCGCAAAAGGCCCCAUCUCAAAGUUCCCCGCUGGUGAUCUGCGAAACAGCGUUCGAUUCAUGACCACUCAUAACGAAGAGGGAAAAGGCAUUUUUUUACCGACAGACCAUGGUGACCACCACAAAAUCAUGGUCAAUGGCCACGCUGUAGCGAACAUUAUCUACACUACAAGCGGAAACCCGGUGAGCCUGGAGAAUGAUGCAGAUAUCAAAUAUGCAAGGAAUAAUGAGCCCGGUCUUCAUAUCAAGAAAGGAACGGUGGUUAGGCUCAUUGAUUUUGCUCCAGGUUUGGACUCGCCAAUGCACCGCGCAAUGUCUCUUGACUAUGGUAUUGUAAUCGAAGGCGAAUUGGAGAUCACCCUCGACAGCGGCGAAUCUCGUAUUAUGAGGCCGGGAGAUAUCUCAGUGCAGAGAGCUACGAUGCACAAAUGGCGUAACUGUUCUAAGGAGAAAUCGGCUCGCGCGGUGUUUGUCCUUCUAGACUGUGAGCCUUUCAGCGUCAACGGCGUUGAAGUGAAGGAAGACCUUGGAGAUCUAGCAGGGGAAUAUAAGGAGCAUUAG